UCACAUUUUUUUUGGACGGAAGUCAGUCAGCAGUCAGACAACUUAAAUGUAGUUUAUGCGGCGUUGUGGGACUUUUUUUAUUGGCAUUUUUCGGUCUUUAGCGUUACUUUUCGUGGCUUGUCAUUGUCAGUGUUUGCUUGGUCGGUCAGAUAAUUAACUCUGUAAGGUUUCCUUCAGCCAGCCUCAUGUUGAGGCGACAGGAAGUAUCGCUAACUUAACAUUAGCACUGAAGUUAGCAGCAGAUAUCGGCCCAGACAGUUAGCACCUAGGCCAGGAGCCAGGGAUCAAACGCUGUCAUUUUUUAAAUUAGUUUUUACAUUCAGAAGGUUAUAUCCUUGGUGGCGUUUGCUUAUCUUUCUCGCUGUUUUGUCAGGGUAGCUGUUUGCUACCUUUGAACUGUUCGUGUAGCUAGCUAGUAGAAAAUAACGCGACGUCGCGGUCAAAACUGGCUCAGUUUACGCUUUUCAGAGUUGUCGAUGUGUUUCGUUACGAUGAAGUAGCUGUCGGAUAAACCAGCUGCUAUGGUGCCUGUGCCACGGCUGCACCUGCCACAUUGAAAGACUGACAGCGAGACACCUGGUCCAGCAUGAAGGCCCUGGGAUCUAGAUUCUCAUUUUAUGCUGGUUUUGUGGUGGGGACCUUUACACUGUACGUGUUUUUGCGGCAGGUGUGGUUUGAGAGGACUUUAUCAGAGCAACAAACCAGCGGCUUUGAAAAACUUCAUGACCACCAGCAACAGCUUGAGGAAGAGAGGAAGAUAUGGAAGAAGGAGAGGUCUGCUCUUUUCAACCUGAAACACCCUCAUCAUACAGGUGAGGACAGCCGUAUGGCUGAUGAACUUUACAAAAAGGUGCGUAUUCUCUGUUGGGUGAUGACGGGACCCAACAACUUGGAGAAGAAGGCUCGGCAUGUUAAGUCCACAUGGAGUCGCCACUGCAAUGUUGUGGUCUUCAUGAGCUCUGUGGACGACCCCGACUUCCCAACAGUGGGCCUGGGCACCAAGGAGGGCCGAGACCAACUGUACUGGAAAACCAUACGGGCCUUCCAUUACGCUUACGAGCAUCAUAUUAACGAAGCCGACUGGUUCUUGAAGGCAGAUGACGACACCUACGUAAUAGUAGACAACUUGCGUUGGGUUCUUGCAAACCACACCCCAGAUGAGCCUAUUUAUUUUGGCCGCAGGUUCAAGCCCUACACCAAGCAAGGCUACAUGAGUGGUGGUGCGGGCUAUGUGCUGAGCAAAGAGGCUCUGCGGCGAUUUGUAGAAGGAUUUAAAAACAAACAGUGCACUCACACUACCUCUGUAGAGGACCUGGCGAUGGGGCAGUGCAUGGAAAAAGUUGGGGUGCUGGCAGGGGACUCCAGAGACACUGUGCACCGGGAGACAUUUCACCCCUUUGUCCCUGAGCAGCAUCUCACUUCCAAGUUUCCCAAGAGCUUUUGGUACUGGAGCUACUGCUACUACCCCAUCUCAGAGGGUCCAAACUGCUGCUCAGAUGUGUCAGUGUCCUUCCACUACGUAGAUGCUUCACACAUGUAUUUAUUGGAGUACUACACUUAUCACCUGCGUGCCUUUGGCUACAGAUACCGUUACCAGCCUACCACCCCACUUGGCUACAAUUUUGAGCAGUUGAGCUCCUUGGAUGACGCUGAAGGGAAAAAAGAGCGGGCUUCUCAGGAAAAAGGGCAAGUAGAGGGGGACAAUCUGUCCAGGACUGACAAGAGAAAGGGUGCAGAUCCCCCUCCUGCAGCUGGUGAAGGCCCCCCUGCUGCACCAGCAGGAAAAUAAGUUGGACUUAUUGGGAGUAUUGAGAGAAAUGGAUCAUUAAUGAGGGGAGAAUGUGUGUUUUGAGUGUUUGCUUAUUCAUUCUGAUAAUCCUGGCAAAUUGUUCUACACGAGUAGAAGAAUGGUCCUCUUUGAGCUUAAGUGUCCCCACAAUAGGUGCACUGCUUGAAGAUUCUCCAGCUGAAGUACUGCUACUAAUUUACUGUGACUGCAAGACUGACCUUGUUUUUUCAGGUUGGUUAGGUGGUUAUUACAACAGACUCUUUAAAAGAGUAACCUUACAAGCCAACCUUACCUUUUAAACAGACUUUCUUUUUAAGUGGGGAAUACCUUUCUGUACUCCUUUUUUUUUUAAGGUGUACCAAAGUAUUCCAGAGCCAGUUAAAUUUGGUUUAACUUUUUUUUUGUUUUAAUCCUUUUUAUGGAGAAAGUAGCCCCACCAAAACUGGAUCAACAACUACGCAGUGAAGUGGUGCUUGACUUGAUGGAGUUGUUUGACUUGAUUCACACGUAGGUAGCUAUGUGCCUUGGAGGCCAGGGAGACACAGUAACGCGCCUUGAGCUAAUCAGAUCAUGUGUGAAGUCAACCAAAAUGUGCUGCAGCUGAUCACAGUCAUAGCAAGAGGAGCACAGACAUUAUUAAUAACUAACUUAACCUGUUUUGCAUCCAAGUUUGCUUUCUACUACACUUGACUAGAGCUGCGGACAAAGAACCUGGCACAGAGAAAGGUAGUUCUGUGUUUUAAUUCAGUCAUUAUGAUGAGAGUCCUGUUUUUACUGUAAUAGUAGCUUUAGGUUUAUCAAGGAUAUUGUAACGUGAAAGUGAAGGCAGUUUUCUGGGGUGAAAUGCAAUUAAAUAAUUUUGGAUAGAAUAAUCAUGACAUUAACAUUCAUUAAAAAUAAUUGCGAUACCAUUUCAACCAUAAAUUUGCAGCUCUAAUCAAGUGUCAUGGAACAGAAGAAUCUUAGUAUAUAAUACACCUUCCAAACAUUUCAUCUUCAAAUGCAGGUCUUAAGUUUCAUAGGAAAACUUUGUUUGGGUGCAUUCAUAUUUCUCUGGCUGACAGAUGCAUUGAUGUGACUGUGUCUAUCUGAAUGAUCACACAAGUCAGUACAUAUGUCAGUAUUUGUGUCCAUGCGGUCCUUUUAACAAAUAGUUGGAGAAAAUCGAAGCAGAGCUGUCCUCCUUUCACAUUUAUACUUGGAGCUGGUUUUUCUAGGUGCUGAAUCUUCAGUUGACAAACUCUAAGGAUAUUGAUCUGUCUUUAGUGGUUAGACACCUACAGUCAUUGUAUUUUUUCUGUAGAGCAAAACGAUGUGUACUCUACAGCAUGUGUGGCACACUGUUGUGUGUCUACUUCCAGAUAGCAGCACUGAAUACACACAGUUCAGUUACCCUUGCCCUGCCCCAGUGGACUCGUUAGCUUGUGCCUUUUGUAAAUUGAGAUUGUAUGAGCCAUCAGCUGCACACAUGACUUUGCACUGUGACAUUACCAUGAUGAGAGUGAUGCUUUCAGAUGGACUAUUAUUUAAUUGAAUCCUUCCAAUGUAAUGAGUAUGGCCUUCGUUCAAGCCAGCAGAUGACUUGUUCGUGACAGUGUUUUUCUGAAUAAGCAAGAUUUUGUUUUGUUUUAUACAAUUUUAGUUUUUGCAAUAUUGUGUGAUCUUUAAAUUCUGGGUGGCUCAGAUAGAAUUGGACCUUUUUCUUUUGUUGUUAGUAAAUAUUUGUAUAUUCAAAUUAAAGUAUUCAUAACAGUUCCUUUACUACUUUGUAACCAAACAAGGAUUAUUGUUCGCGCUUAAUUUUGUUGGAGAUACAGUAAUGACCAAAUACAGAAAACGGCUCCAGGAUUUAGUGAUGAUUUAAAUCUGAACAACAUUUGUUUUACUUAAUUUGUGAAAAGUAAAUGUUGAAUGCACUUUUGAGUGUUUCAAAUUGUUUUGUUUUUUUUCUAUUUUAACCACUUAAACCUUUUUAAUUCUCGUUGAAGUUUAAACGUAUGAGGUAACUAAUGCCUGUCAAAAUGCCUUUUGUAAGUGUUUACACUCCGUUUCCUUUGGUACGAGCACAGAGCAUGUCAAGGUUUUGUUUUGUUUUGUUUGUAUUAAAAAAUGGGAAAGUCUAGUUUAAACCAAAUUAGCAUGUUUUACAUAAUGGUUUCUUUUCAAAUAUUUGCUUUCAAGUGAAUUAACAGUCGUGUGUUAUUUCAGUGGGGAAGGGCUGAUUACCAUUAGUGGGUCAAAUUUCUGCUGGACUCAAACACAGUAGUGAUACAACACACCCAGUCCUCGACAAUCGACGUCAUACAACUUUGACAUUUUAUCAAAGGGAAAGGUGUACAGUACUGUAUAUUUGAAACGUAUUUAUGUUGGUAUUGACGUCUUAAUUGAGUCAAUACACUUUAGCGUGUAAAUGAGUCUGAGCGCACGUCAUUGGUGUGCAAGAUUGUUUUCAGUGAAUGACUUGAAUCACUAUAAAUA